AUGAAUACAGAAUUCUUAAACACGAGUACAGAGCGGACUAACACUGCCUUUGGGGCCAUAAUUCGUAACAUUGAUGGAUAUCUGAUGGCAAAUAUUAAAGACAAUUUCCAAAUCAAUUCUGAUAUCCUGUCAUUCAGUUUAAACAAUAAAUCAGAGAUUAUAGAGCUUAACAACCAAGUCAUCAUAACACUUCGGCACAAACAGAGACUAGAAUUGGGUGAUAAAGUAGACUGUGUUUUUUGGGACUUUCAGACUUCAACAUGGAGUUCCUUUGGAUGUGUUAGGGAUGACACAGAGUCCCACUUAUGGCAUACGGUCUGCAAAUGCAAACAUUUGACUAAUUUCGCGGCGCUUAUGGAUGUGAACGGAAGGGAAAGCAAGACAUUAGUGAAAUCAUUACUAACUUACAUCUGUAGUAUUUUAUCGAUUAUCUCCUUAAUUCUGACCAUUAAUCUGAUUAUAAAAUCGAAAAAUCAUGGCAUUAGCAACACUAGAAAUGCGAAUCUUUAUGAAAUGCGUUCAAUAAUUACCAGCAAUUUAUGUAUUUGCCUAAUGAUUACAAACUUAUUGGUUGUUCUGGGGAUGGAUAGG